AUGAACAUAAAAAAUUUGUAUGAGCCAAUUUUUUUCAGAUGCACGGUGGGAUGUGUAUGUGGUGCCUACAUGAAGCAGGUAGAAAGUACGCUUUUUAAAGAAGGAAUUUGUUUUUACUGUGCAAAUGGCUGCUACAAAAGGCAGAGAAUCAAAACAGGAACAAUACUUUAA